AUGGGGUGCCGACUGAGGCAGAAUUCACCGCCACCCAGGUGUCCACUUCUCUGGCUCAUUCAUCUCUUUGUGCUGCUGGUUGGUCUUUCUCGAACGUCUUCAGGUGUUCCCAGAGUGUCCAGGUCGGUGAAAGAGAAGGUUUCACUGCCCUGUGGCUACAACUACUCUGUUGAUGAGCUGGCCAGACUCCGGAUCUACUGGCAGAAAGAGGGGAAAGUGGUACUGAGCUACGUCUCUGGGGAUAAAGUAGUGUGGCCCCAAUAUAAGAACCGGACUUUACUCGACAUCACAGACAACUUCCGUCUCAUGAUCCUGCGCCUGUUCCUGUCAGACAGGGGCUUGUAUACCUGUGUUGUUCAAAGGCAAGAACAAGGGACUUACAAACGGAAGCACUUGGAAUCUGUGGAGCUGUUGGUCAGAGCUGACUACGCAAUCCCUAAUAUAACUCACUUUGGAAAUCCAUCUGCGGACAUUAGAAGAAUAAUGUGCUUCUCCUCUGGAGGUUUCCCGAAGCCUAACCUCUCCUGGUUGGUAAAUGGAAAAGAAAUAAGAGGCAUCAAUACAACAAUUUCUCAGGAUCCUGAAUCUGAACUAUACACUGUCAGCAGCCAACUGGAUUUCAACGUGACAUACAACCACAGCAUUGUGUGCCACAUAGCGUAUGGAGACUCUCAAGUGUCAAAGAACUACACCUGGGAAAAACCCCCAGAAGCCCCUCCUGACAGAAAUCACACAACCACAAUCUUAAUAAUUGGGUUAGGAGUCAUUUUUGCAAUACCUAUAGCCUUCAUUAUAUACAGACGUUUCAAAAGAAGGAAUGAGGCAAGCGAAAAAGAAAACAACAUCAUUUACCUAGGGCCUGUAGAAGUAUCAACCGAACAGAAUGUCUGA